GCAGAUGUAUGAACAUUCUUGCCAGGGGCGACGGUGUGGUGGAACUGAGAAUGUCUGGUAAAAUCAAGCAGCGCAGUGCAGCAAACACCUCUGAGUAUGCUACCACUUCAGUGAACGAAAAGAUCCUCAAACGCUGCCACAGCCUUUACACAGACUCAGAGAAUGGUCUGAUGAGCAUUGGUGAGAGCCUUGGCAUGAAGAUUCUGCCUCCUCGGAAGAAGAUCAACGUCAUGCUCAUGGGGAAUCAUUCAGCAGGCAAGAGUUCUUUCAUCAAUUGGUACAUUGAGGAGCAUGUUCAACGCACUGGUGUUGCCAUUGAAACUCAAGGUUUUAGCUUCAUCACCAAUGGACGUAAACGAGAAUCUCUCACGGGCAAUGCCACCCUGCACUUGUACCCUCACUUCAAGGCACUACAAGAUAUUGAAGGUGUUGUGGAUUACUUGAAUACUGAGAUAAGCACAUCAAAACAGAAGAAGUUUAGUCUUGUAACAUUCAUUGACACUCCAGGCCUUGUUGAUGGUGACAUGAAGUAUCCAUUUGAUGUCAAUGAAACAAUACUUUGGCUUGGUGAUUUGUGUGACCUGAUAUUUGUGUUCUUCGAUCCAAUUGGACAAGCUUUAUGCAAGAGAACUUUAAACAUUGUUGAGCGAUUGAAUGAGAAACACUCAGACCGAAUUCGUUUUUAUUUGUCCAAAGCUGAUGAGGCAGGACAAGAGAGUGACAGACAAAGGACAGUGCGUCGCCACCUGUAUGAUGACCUUGACUUCCACAGCCACCGCCCAGUCAAGAAACCGCUCCUCACCACUACACAACAGCCAUGUGUGCAGUACAAUCCAAUGAUAAUCAACACCAAACCCACAGCGGUCAAAAUGGUAGAGAGGGGCAACUUCAAUGCUGCCUUGCUGGAUGCUGCUGCCCUGGUGGAGUGUGGUGAAAAAAGUGAAAUAUUAAUACAAGCUGCUCCCAUGAACCCCUUAGUCCAGCAUCUCAAAGUAUCUCUAGAUGUUACCUUGAUGGGUGGUUUAGUGGUCAGGAACAGUCUAAGGGGUCAGGGCAUGGUGAGUACUCGGGCAAUAAUACUGAAAGGAUGGAAGGCAUAUGAGAAUUUGUUGGUCCAGCUGAGGGUGAAAGCAUUAAUACCAGCAACACCGGGGUCAGGUUUCCAGGACACGGGCCAGAUCAACUGCAGGAUCAGAGGCCACAGCAAGUCCAAUGAAAGAGGCCAGCACUUGGAGACGUCAAAAGGGAAGAGAUCAGAUUCCCCAACCUCACAAUCCGACUUGCACAUUUCUGCUAGCGCAGAGUCCUCCACAUGGAUGCGUGCCAAUUCCUUCCUCAAGUGGUUAAGCCUAGCGUCAAUAAGCUCCCUGUGGGACACUUGUGCUAGGGUUCUCAAGUCUGGUGAUCAAACCACUGAUAACAGCACCGAGGCGAUCCAAUUGCUUGGUCGUGGCCAAGCCGGGCCGCUUCCAGAAAUUACAUUGAAAGGCACCAUGAGUCAGAAAGAGCUUACACCCAUAUGCAGGUAUGAGAAUAGGGAAAGAAUACAAGAAGAGGAUGAUUGUGAUGAUGAGGGAGAGAAAAGAUUCGGAGGAUUUCAUGAGAUAAGUACCACCCUCCAUAGAGAUACACAGCCAGAUAGUACAAUUGAGCAAAACUUAAAUAACAUACGACACCUGAGAGAAGUAAGUCUUUGGCGGAGCUCACAUCGCCGCCACCAGUCCACCACCUUCCACACCACCUCUACCAGUCCCAGUCUGCUUCUCCCAUCCACCACCGUCAGGAGCAGCACUUUCUACCAAACCAACCUCAUACAGCACAACAGGACUGGGUCUGGGUACAUCUGCAAAAUUCUCUCGAAAUUCUUCCAGCAGCUCAUGCACUUGUGUCCGCUGUUCCUGAACAUACAAUACAUAAGGAAUACCUUCAUCCCAGUCACAUGUAUUUUCUACACAAAACUUAGUCAGCAUGCUCUUGAGAGUCUGGUGAAACCGCUCAAGGGCACCUUGACUUUCCGGGUGCCAUCACGGUGUACAAAUCAGAUUGAAGAUGUUUGCAAGGACAUAGAAAAAAUCAUCAAUCAGACAAUACAGAAUACACUCAAUCAACUGGAACGUGACUGCGAGCAGAUUUCAGCCCUCGUAGACCAAGCUAUAAAGAUUGAUGAUGAUGCUAGGCAGCACAACUUCCGGGCUAAGAUACGGGGCAUGGGCCUGUCUCUGCUUGGCUUUCUACUCCCUGUGCUGCUAAUGAUGCAGCUUCUUGCAGCUUCUGCUCCAAGGGAAUUUUUAAGAAAUAUGAUUGGAGAAGAUAUGGCAGAAGCUUUUGUGUCAUUUAUGGCACCAACUACAGCUUUCUGGGAGAUGGUUGAUGAAGAAAACCAACUUGUUAUUUUGACUUGUGUGUUGGUAUCAUCAGGCUUAUGUCUCAUCUUAUCUCGUUAUUUCAACCAGUCUAAGCCAACUCUUCAGCGUCGCUCCAAAAAGGCAUUACUCUGGAAACAAGAAUAUGUCAACACUCAUGUCAGACCUGAAAAGCAAAAGUUGUACUUGGAAUAUCUACAGCAGAGUGUUUCUGAGCAUGAUCUGUAAGACCAACCGAAUUAUAAGGUAAAAAGUGUGUAUGAAGUUAGGAACAAAAUUACCAUUUUUCACAGUGCCUUAAGAAUUAUAUAAAUGUAAAUUUUGGUAUUUUUAUACUGUAUUCAUCCACCAUCCAAUGAGACUACAGUUUAGUGUCAGAAUUUCCUCACAUUUGUUGAAAACAACUAUCUUAAUUUUUGUGUGUGUGUUUGCUUACAAUAUAAUCAGCAAGUCAGUUGGAUGUGUCUUCCCUGAAUCUCUAUUUUACUUGUAUGAUAAGUAUUUUUCUUAUAAUAAAGUGCAUAGAAUAAUCAGUGAGAUCUGUUGCCAUUAGUACUAUGCAUCUUAUUUGAAUGAUUAUCAAUAAUAAAUUGAUAAUUUUGUAAGGAAUUAAUAAUAGUUGUUAAGUUUUUUCUAUUGCAGGUGUGUUGUGUUGUGUCUGAGGAAGAAAGUACCUUGUAAUUUUAAAUAUUGGUGCCAGUCAGAAGAAUUUGUAUAGAUAUAAUAAAUAAGGGCAUCUUGAAUAGACUUCUGAAAUUAUCCCAUGAUAAUGAUUUUCUUUAUUAGCAUCAGAAACUAAUGCCUCAUCUUGAAUAGAUGACAUUUCUUUUUCAUAUAUAUCUCAUACCUUUUUUUCUGGUAAUUUCAGAGGGGUUUUUUUUAGCAGUAUAAGUGCAAAUCUCAGGCUGAAACUUUCAAAAUUGUUCAACAUGGCAAAAAUUAACAUUUCUUCAUAAACUAAAUAAAGUUGUAUUGAAAUGUAUAAAAGUAACUCAGGUGUAAUGUUCCUUUCAGUCAUAUAAUUAUUAAUCUGGAAAAUUCUACAUAUGUAGGGCUUCCAUAAUUGAAUAACCUUUUGGUUAACUACCUCCUUAUCAUCAAAAUACAUGUUUAUGCAGGUAAUCAUUAUAUGAGAAUUUGUUGGGUUACUUAUUGUAGAAUUGUUCAGCAUCAUAUCAUGAAAAAUCUUUUAUAAUAUUUGAUUUUAUUAUAUAUUGUUGAACAAUAAACAAUCAAGAUUAAA